UUCAUGAUUCUUUUUUACUCUUUAUUUCUUUCUUUUUCAACCCUAACAGAAAUUUGCAAAAGGAUUUUGGAAACUCUCUGCUAUUUCUGUGAUCCGAAACAAGCCAACAUUCUUGUUCUUUCAAGGAAUUCAAACUCAAUUGUUAGAGAAUAGAGGUAAUAACUGCAAGCAAAAGAAGCUAUAAUAAGAGGAGGAAAAUGGUGGUCCGCUUGCGGCUUUCAAGGUUUGGAUGCAGAAACAAGCCAUUCUACCGAGUCAUGGCAGCUGAUAGUAUAUCUCCCAGAGAUGGCAAGCAUUUGGAAGUUUUGGGCUACUACAAUCCCCUCCCUGGUCAAGAUGACGGUAAAAGAAUGGGUCUUAAUUUUGACAGAAUGAAAUACUGGCUUUCAGUUGGAGCACAACCUUCAGAACCUGUGCAACGCCUUCUUUUCCGAGCAGGCUUGUUGCCCCCACCGCCAAUGCUAGCAAUGGGAAGAAAAGGUGGCCCACGAGACACACGUCCAGUUGAUCCUAUGACUGGGCAUGUUUUGACACCUGAAAAAACAAACGGCGGGAAAUUAAAAGGGGUCACUGAAGGCGAUGAAGCUGACCCGGAAGAAAUUUCAAAUAGUUAAUGAAUUAUACUCCUCAAUUCAGUUUCUAAUGGCUUGCAGUUGUAACUUUGAAUUAUGAAAUCAAAGAAAAUAUUCAAAAUGGUAGGACUCUUUAAGAUAGAAACUGCUGCUACUUUUUGUGCAUUGCAAUAAUUUCCACAUUUUCAAAAUCAAUUGACACUUUUCACAUUAGACAUGGCGUCAAUGUAUGCAUGUAUGUGUGUGUGUGAUAAGAGUAAGAGCCCAUUUGAGAAGGCUUUUGUUUUUGCUUUUGCUCCUACUUAUUAUAGAAAGAUUUUUUGAGGAA